GUCUCUCACUUUCAUGUCUCUCAAAGUAGAUGCUCGUCCGCCCAUAGGCACCCUGUUUUGCAUGACUUGGAGUAUCUCUGAGGGCCAAGAGUUAAAUAUGCUCGCUGCCAGCCAUCACAAACACACCCAGAGCAAGAUGAGGUCGUCCACAGCCUUGCUAGCAGUGUUGGCGUUCCUUACUCAUGAGUCGUCUGCCAGUAAAUUUCUGACACAACCUGACAAAUCCAAGACCGUCGGCCUGGAGGGGACUGUGUCUAUCAGUGCCACGGGGAGCUCAGAUAUUGAUAAUACUCUCUACUGGUACAUCCAGAAACCUGGAGAAGCUCCCAAACUGCUGACAUCCAAUGCAGUCACCCGCUAUUCAGGGACCCCAGCUCGGUUCAGCGGCAGCAUGUCUGGGACUAGCUACACUCUCACCAUCUCUGGUGUCCAGAGGGAGGAUGCAGCAGUUUAUCACUGUCUGGGUUACCACGGUGGCGGUUUUGUAUCACUGUGGUACACUUUUGGUGGAGGCACCAAACUCAUCAUUGACUUGGGAGUGGUGCAGCCCACGCUGAGCGUCCUCCCUCCCUCCAGAGUGGAGCUGGAGCAGGGCAGUGCUACACUGCUGUGUGUGGCCAGUGGGGGCUUCCCCUCAGACUGGAAGCUUGGCUGGAAGGUCGGGGGCAGCAGCAGGUCUGGGGGGGUGUCAGAUAGCCUGGGGGUCCUGGGGAAAGACGGCCACUACAGCUGGAGCAGCACCUUGACCCUCCCUGCAGACCAGUGGAGGAAGGCGGGCUCAGUGAGCUGUGAGGCCAGUAAGAAUGGCCAGACGCAGCCUGUCACUCAAACCCUGAAUCCUGGAGAGUGUUCAGAGUAGAGAGGCUCCAGCAUGGAGGUACUGGAGGAUACAGAUCUCCUCUGACACGUCUGCUUUAUGUCUCUCUGUCUCAGGUGGCACUGUAGCUUUAGAUGAUUUACAUUAAUAUAAAUCGUCUUUGAUUCAUUAACGUUAUGCUUUCCGAUUUUUACCCGUUGCUUGUGUUGGUCACAUGUUGAACAUUUAAUAAAGAUGUAAAGAACA